GGAGGCAUUAAGCAAAGUCAUGACAUGAAUGCAACGGAAGGAACAAAGCGAAGAAAGCAAAGGACCAAAAAACAAACAAAACAACGUUGUCUAAUUUCAGUAUUUUUAUAUUUAUUUAUUUUCUAAAAUAAUACAUUCUCGUUCGCCGUUGAAACCGCGAAAUUCCCUCUCCUUUCUCCGUCGUUCACAAAGUUCCCUCUACUCUUUUUCUCUUUGUUUUCUUUCUCUCCUUUUUCUUCUUCUUCUUUCUCUCUAUUCUUUCACCGACCCUUUUAUUUCUUUCUCAAUGGGUCGGCAAUGGACUAGAGUCUCUUCUCUUUGAUUUCUUUCCUUUUUAUUUUGUUUUUGUUUUCUUUCUCUUUUGUUGUUUGCUUUCUAUCGAAGCUACAAUGGAUCGUGUAAGAGGGUUGAUUCUUAUUAUUGUUUCCUUGUUUUCUAUUCAACUAUGUUGCCUUGUUUCUUCUUCCAAUGCCAAUAUGGUUUUCCCUGUUCAACGAAAAUUCAAAGGACCUCAUGAGAGUUUAGAUGCAAUCAAAGCUCAUGAUGCUCGUAGACAUGGUAGAUUUUUGUCUGCUGUUGAUGUUCCUCUUGGUGGCAAUGGUCUUCCUUCUUCAACUGGGUUGUAUUAUACCAAAAUAGGGCUUGGCUCUCCUGCAAAAGACUUCUAUGUGCAAGUUGAUACAGGAAGUGACAUUCUUUGGGUGAAUUGUGUCGGCUGCACCGCAUGUCCCAAGAAGAGUGGUCUUGGUAUGGAUUUAACCCUCUAUGACCCGAACGACUCCAAUACUUCAAAUGUGGUUUCUUGUGAUGAUGAUUUUUGCACUUCCACGUAUGAUGGUCCAAUUUCUGGAUGCAAGCAAGACAUGUCCUGUCCAUACAGCAUAACUUAUGGAGAUGGAAGUACAACGUCUGGUUCCUAUGUGAAGGAUUCUCUUACAUUCGACCGAGUUAAUGGUAAUCUACAUACUGUACCAGAAAAUGGCAGUGUGGUUUUUGGGUGUGGUGCUAAACAAUCCGGUACAUUGAGUUCAUCUUCUGAGGAAGCCCUUGAUGGAAUAAUUGGUUUUGGACAAGCAAAUUCUUCUGUGCUUUCACAGCUUGCUGCAUCUGGAAAGGUGAAAAGAAUAUUUUCGCACUGCCUCGAUAGUAUCAAUGGAGGAGGAAUAUUUUCCAUAGGGCAAGUGAUGCAGCCAAAGUUUAAUAUUACUCCAUUGGUACCUAGAAUGGCACACUACAAUGUGAUUUUGAAGGACAUGGAGGUUGAUGGGGAAUCCAUACAACUCCCUACAGAUUUAUUUGGUUCUGGAAAUGGGAGAGGAACAAUAAUCGAUAGCGGUACAACCUUGGCUUAUCUUCCGGCUUCGGUUUAUGACCAGCUAGUAACAAGGAUUUUGGCUCGGCAGCCUGGACUGAAAUUGCUGCUCGUUGAAGAACAAUUUACUUGUUUUCAUUAUUCUGACAAUUUUGACGAAGGAUUUCCAACUGUCAAGUUUUACUUUGAGGGGCUUUCCCUGACCGUUUAUGCUCACGACUACCUCUUCCUGUAUAAAAAUGAUAUAUACUGUAUUGGCUGGCAGAAAAGUAACACACAGACUAAAGAUGGAAAAGACCUGAUUCUUCUUGGAGAUUUGGUGCUGUCAAACAAAUUAGUUGUAUAUGAUCUUGAAAAUAUGGCUAUUGGAUGGACCGAUUUCAAUUGCUCUUCCAGCAUUAAAGUGAAGGAUGAAAAGAGUGGAUCUGUAUAUACAGUGGGAGCACACGAUCUUUCUUCAGCUUCCACCGUGUUAAUUGGGAGAAUGUUGACAUUCUUUUUGUUGCUUAUUGCCAUGCUGAGCACUUAAAUGAAUAGUUUUACUAUAUAUCUAUAUAUCUAUAUAUAUAUAUAUAUAUAUAUAUAUAUAUAUAUAUGAGGGGGUGGCAUUUAUUUCAUUUUACUGUAACAUAAUUCUUUGAUUUGUGCUUGUUGGUGCAUAAUUGCAUAUAUUUUAAACCAUUUCUCGUAUAGAGUGAAAUAUAACCGACAAGAGGGGAGAGCAAAACUUCAGAGUUCUUGAGUUACUUUUGUUUUUGCUUCAUUUUUAAGUGAGCCAUAAGUUGUGAUUAAUUUU